CCGAUGUUCUAGCAUUAGUCAGAGAACAGUCGCACUCCAGUGCGGAAGCAUGGCUAAGUAUGGCGUUCUGACACUCGCUAUCGUGGCUACGCUGUGUGGGCUCGUGCAGGCACGCUACAGCCAUGUGGCCUGCCAGGUGGUGGAAAACAAGUGGUGCACAGUGCAGCGGCUCCGCAUCACGGCCCGAACGGAUGUCCGUGGGCUCGUGUUUCCGGACGAUCGGUACGAGAAGAUCCGCAUCGGACAGUACUACGACUUUGUCAACACCGACAGUACGGUGGUGAUCUUCUCGGGUGAGCUGUUCUAUCGCAUGCGACGUGUUCGCUACCUGCAAAUGAACGGAGUACGUAUGGUGGGGCUGGACAUGCCCGAGACCGUGCUCGAGCUGGACGUGGCCGACAACUGGAUAUCGCGGGUGUACAUCGACUCGGAAAAGAGCUAUGCCCUGCGAAAGUUGAACAUGCGCAACAACCUGCUGACUGCCAUCGGAAGCUUCAAGUACCUCAAUAUGCUCGAGGAACUGGAUCUCAGCGACAAUAUGCUGCACACGGUCAACUUUGACGUGUUCUCGUUCAUGCCGUACAUUCGGGUAAUCAACCUCGCACGCAACCGGUUGAUCAGUGCAACGGCAGGCAGUGGCGUUAUAUCGUUGGGCAACCUAGAGGAAGCGAAUAUGGCGGAAAAUCAGCUGACCAAGCUAGACGUCGGCGUUUGGCUGUUCCCGGCGCUCCGGAUGCUCAAUCUCACCGGAAAUCCUAUCAAGCGCCUAAACCUCUCCAGCCAACAAUCGUUUCCUCGCUUGAAAAGUGUUUUGCUCUAG